AAGCAGCCGGAGGAGGCGGAGGGGCGGGAGGAGGCGUGGCCGUGGCUCUUCGCUUUCGGGCAACGCGAGCCACUCAUUUGUGAGGCGCGGAGUCGUCCGGUGGGUCUGUGGCUGCUGCUCGCGGGCUGACUGAGGGGAGGAGGAGGAUGGCCUGCGCCCGGAGCCCUUUCCUGACCGCCUGCGCCUUCCUGGCGCUCUUUCUCCUGGUGCCUGGCGGUGAGUGACGCGCUACGAAGUUGAGGGGGACUUCUCUGAGACCCUGGAGGCAGAGGAGGAGGAGGAGGAGGGGGAAAGGGCUGCCUGCCUGCCUGCCUGCCUGCCUGCCUGGCGUCAACAAUGGUGGGAAGGGAAGAGGGACGAGGAGCGGGUUGCUGGUGGGUUGCCCCGGGAGAAGUUCCUCCGAGGGGGAGCCGAGGCGUCAGCAGCGGGGAGGCGCAGAAGUGGCCGGCUCUGCAUUUCAGCGAUCAAGAACCAGCUGGUGGCGGCUCGGCGGUGCUCUGUGCAUCCGCUAUGGAUGGCAAGCGGGUGGGGGGAGGCUAAACAAGGCGCCCUUCUCGGACAUUGGGCAACUUCUAAGAAAGGGGAUGCACUGAGCAGACACCCAGGGCUGUCGAGGCGAGGAAGAAGCUGGCGCUCCCUCUGUCACACAGAGACCUGUUUUCCUUCUCAUGUUUGAUUAAGGGGCGUUCUCAAUUGGUUCGUUCUUCGCCGAGGCCCCACUCGUGGCUCAUCGUGCGUGUAUGUGUCUGAAUCACCCGGUUUUUGUUUUCGUUUUCUUAAAACCUCCGAGGCCUCUUUUGUGAGCUUGUUCUCAAGUGUCACUGCCACCGGCCUCACCAAAAUCCGCUUUUCGUAUUCCCAGACUGGCGUGUGGGGAGAGCGGUUAACACCCGAUUGUCUAUUACGACUAGGUCUGCUGCGUUUCAGAAUUGCGUGUCUGCACCUCAAGAUCUUUAUAAAUAAGACUUCUUGUCAUAAAUAAAAGAUAGCUAAGGUUUGAGCAUUAGCAGUAGUUUCAGACAAUUUUUUUUUUUUAACGAAAACUGCCCAUUCCACUCUGGCUUAGAGCUAUUUGGGGAAUAAUAUAAGCUAAGCGUUGGAAGUAAAAGAAUCUCUGCUCCCUACAGUUAUCUGUCCCAAGCCUAUAAAAUGGGGAGGGCAAGACACAAAUGUUGGAGGUAGGAGGCUUUUGUGUUCCAGUACUGAGACCAAAGUCAUCUGCUGUAUGUCACUUUAUGACAGGGUUGCCCUUGCUAGGAGAGGUGCAGUAGAUUUUGAAGCAGGCAACUGAAAUCCUAGGAAUGGAGUAGAGGGGACUUGGGCAACAAUGGUGAAGCAGGCAAGGUUAGACUAGAGUGGUUCACACAAGGCCAUUAUAGAAGAGGAAGAAAAGGAGGAAGCACCUUCUUCUUCUUCUUCUUCCUCUGAAGGAACUAACAGUUGAGGAAGAAGUUACUUGACCAAGAGGUGUUUCACACAAAAUUAUUAAUACAGUUGCUUAAAGUUACACUCUAAAUUUAGGCAGUGUGAAGAAGAUGAGCAACAGGUACCAAUGUACAUGGUGACUUCCAGUAAAAGGGAGAUGAAUGUAUUUGGCUAGAUUCACGUAGGUUGCUGUGUUGGUCUGACGCAGUCAGAAUAAAUUUUUAAAAAUUAAAAAAUUGUCCAGUAGCACCUUAGAGACCAACUAAGUUUGUUCUGGACAUUUAAAAAAAAAAUUAUGUAUAUGGCUAGAGGCACUUAAAAGCUAAAGCAGAAAUGUGUAAGUUGUGGUCCUAAGCUAAACAGGAGCUCAGUAAACUUCUUGCUUUUUUGUAUAACAACUACUACACAAAGAAAGCACACAUGGUACAACCCAAAGUAUAAUUAGUAUAAGUCAAAGCAUGCUGUGCCUUGUUAGUCCCCAAAGGCCUUCCUGAGGGGCCAGGCUUUGCAUUUCUGGUGUCACCAUCAGUCUGCCUUUGCCAAAAAACAGGGCUGGGGAACCUUUGGCCUUCCAGAUGCUUUUGGACUCCAACCCCCAUCAGCCCUAGCCAUCAUACUCAAUCAAUGGUCAGGGAUGAUGGGACUUGCAGUUCAGCUACACCUCGAAGGCCAAAGGUUUUCCAGCCCUAAAAUACACAACCUCCCACUAAAACCAUCGGACUUUUGUUGCCAGGAACUUCAAAAGCAAGGGAGUUGGUGAGCACCUGGCAAGUCUCAGGGGCAUGGUUGGGGGGCCUGCAUUCAGGCCCCCAAAUAAUGCAGGCCUGUGCUAAACAUUUUGCUUUGCAGAGAACAGAGGGAAGGAAGAGAAAAGGGUGGUAGAUGUGGCCAUUAACAGUAGUUAAACAUCCAUGGGCUUUGUUGCAGUUUUGAGAUGAAGAAUGGCAUGGGCACGUUACAUAUGCUACUUCAUAUGUAUAGAUGCACAUAUGCCACUCUAGGCUGUCUUUCAGAUGUAAAGCUGCUCUGUGAGCAAAGGGUUUGUUUGUUUGUUUGUUUGUGUUUGUUUGUUUGUUUGUGUUUGUUUGUUUGUUUGUUUGUUUGUUUGUUUGUUUGUUUGUUUUAAAAGGUGGGGUGUGAAGGCACAGGAGAUUAGAGGCCCCUGAAGAUUAACUGAGGGUUUCAUGGAAAAGAUUGAAAGAAGCUGCAAAGUGGGAUUUUCUGCUUUGUGCUUAUGUGAUGCCCAUGGUAGUGGGAAGCCACCCUUUCUCGCUUUCCCAGCACAUUUGAUGGAGCACCUCCCACUUUUCUCAUAUGCUUCCCCAUCCAUGAUUUACGUUGUUCCCAACACAGCUUUUUAUAACACAGGAAAUUUCCAUUAUAGAAGAAUUGAGGCUAUGAAAGGAGCAGUUGAUGAUCUUGUGCAGAAGUGGGGUUGAGGGAACGCAGCAUAAAGGGAAGAAUUUUGUUUUUGUUUAAAAGGUUGUCAUGGACUUUUGCUGCAGGGGCAAAUGCACACUUUAAACCUGAGGCUGAUGCCUAAGGGCUUAAGGAGUAGUUGCUGGUGUUUGAACAAAUCAAAACCAGGGUCUGUGAUCUGAAAACAGAGGUGAUGUGUGUACUUUUGUAACCCAAGAAAAUAUUUAAUAAAAACAAUUUUUUAAAAAAGAAGUGUUGAUAGUGAAGGGCACGAAAACAGUUAUAGCAACAAAGGUAUUUGUAUUUUAAAGAUUUAUAGUCUGUGUUUCUGUUUUUUAAAAAGUGCUUAAGGCAGCUUAGGAUAAAAGUUAAGCAAUAACUCACCACAGAAAAAUAAACAUUAGAAAGCUAUCAAACGGAGAGAAAAUAAGAGCUAUAUAUAAGGAAACGUGUUUGAUUUGUGGGCGCAUUAGAACAUGGAGUAACUUUUCUGUGGCAGCGGAGAGAGAGGCUGAAAACUUUUACAAUUCUCAGAUAAUAUUAUGCUACUAAAUAAAAAAGCAAAAAAUAUUUGUCAGCAGAUGUAGCAGGAUGGACUAAGGCUAUAAUUCUGUAUUCAUUUACCUGGAGGCAAGUCUCAUUGCACAGUGUAUUCAAGUGCACUGUGAAUAAUGCAAAAGUCAAGAUAAAGUACAUUCCCUUCCCUUAAAGGUUGGGCCUUUAAGAAAGGCUAAAGGAAUCCAAGUAUUAACACAAAACAAUAUUUUCUAGAAGGGACAUACAUUUGUUUAGCUUUUUUUGCACACUGCUGCCACUAAAUAAAUAUACAUUUAAUGCUGUUGUCUCCUGCUCUAUACUUCUUGAACUAAUGCAUUGUUUGUAGCUGAGCAGAACAUUUUGCAAAUGAUAUCUGAAGGAAACAAGUGCUCUUUUUAACAAAUUAAGUUGUUACCGCUGAAAAGGGGAGGGACAACCCAACAUUCAACACAAGGAAGUACUCAAGUAUGUUUCUCUAGUCUCAUUGGCCAUUAGAGAAAAAACUGGUGGUUUGUCACUCAGAAUUAAAGGCUUAUUUAUUCAUAUUAAAUUUGUAAUAUCAUAACUUACCAUGGUGUGUGCAUACAGUGGAAGUCCUCUGUGUAGCAGUCAUGUAUAACCCAGUGUGUAUAUUAGUCCAGUUAUUCAUCGACUUAGAUUCUGUCUGCGAAUGGUAAAUACUGGGUUAUAGUCAACGUAGUCCUCGCAGAAGGCCCAAUGAAGUGAAUGAACCUAAGUUAGUUAUGUAGCAACUUCAUUGCACCAGGACUUCCAUUAGCUCAAUGGGGCUUCCCUCCUUCCUCUUCCUGUGCCCCACAAAUUGACUUGGUGGAGGAUCUUGAGAACCACUGGAACAGGGUGAGGUGUGGGGUAGGACAGGGCAGUUUGUUUCAUCUGUUUGUGCUGAUGAAGCAAUAUGCUUAGUGUUACAUUGAAUUUCCCCCAGUGUUUAUUUGUGCUGCCUUUGCUUGCACUCCCUGCGCCCGCCCCCCAUAAAAAGGGCUUGCAGUUUUUUUUAUCUGUUUCAGGAAUGAAAAAUUGUAUCAUGUCAAUUCCAAGGUUGCAAGACUUUGUUUUUAUAUGACUCUGCUUUAUACUGCAUAACCUUGACUGUAAAACUUGCAAAGUUUGUAGCCUUUCAGAUGUCACUAAUCUUUGACCUUGGCUGCAUACUGGAAUCAUUUUUACAUUUUUUUCUGAGCCCAUUCUUGAAGCCAUUUAAUGCCACAGGCCUCUGAGCCUAUAUCUGCGACAACACUAUCUAAAUCUUAAUAUAUAAUUUUCCUUUUGUGGGACGACUUCCACAUUUUAAGCCUUAGUUUGUGAGGCUGUGAAAAGUGAUUCCAGAGGGAACACUCACAGCUCAGGGGCAUAUAGCACAGGUUCAAUGUACGGUUCGAUCCCUGACAUUUCCAUGCAGAGCUCUGAACAGCCUGUAACCUAGAGAGUGGCUGCCUUUCAGUAUAGAAGGGAGUGAAAGGUCUCCCUUUCCUUCCAAUACACCUACGCUCCUAGUGAUUAAAACUGCAUGAGCGAUAUGAGAUCAUUACACUGUGAAAAGAUUUCUUCAGUUGAUAAAGGAGUGUUCAUCAACACCCAUGUAACUAUCCCGAGCAGCCUAUUUGAUCUUUUAUACGGUGUAAGUAACCAGAUACUUUAUAACUGGAAGUCCUGUGAUGGCCUUCUAUGGCAUUUUAUCAACUAAGUUGGAGUCGUAAUCUUGGGCAGAAAUGUGGCUUGGAGCAUGACAGGGCUGUUUAGUUGCGCACUGUGGUGGAGUGUGUCCAAACACAGGCCAGGGGCUGGGGCAUGCCCUGAGGGAGGCAGGGCACAAAUGGAGCCGGCUGUGGCUCACCUCACACCCACAGCUUCUCUCCGCUGUGGAGGAGCUGCAUGUGGCACAUCCCCACCCAGGAGAGGGGCAACAGCUCUCUGCCACUGACUCCCCCGGGUCAGACGUGACCCAGAAGUAGAGCUCCAUUGAAGGAAGCUGCCUCCGCAGCUCCAGAUCCAGGGUCUGAUGGGAACCUGUUGUGGGGGCUCCUGGUCACUCCUCCUCCAGAAAAUGUGCCUGGGGCUACGUGCUCCUAUGCUACACCACUGGUUGUGCAGAGUGAUCUCUGACCCAUAACACUCCUCCUUUAGUCCUUAUCUGAAAGUUUUACUGUAGCCAGUACAUAAUGCAGCAGUGCUGGUCUCUUUACCAUGAUUAACAUCAGUACAGAAAUAACAUUCACUACCCCAAUAUUAAUAUUGAUCAAGGAAAGGGAAUAACCACAGGAGAGGAUAGCAUGUAAGCCUGCAGCUCAUUUCUGAUCUCCUAACUAUGGCUAGAGGACCAAUAGUGUAAGGCCUUCUAUUGCAGUGCUGGUGGAGAAGUAUUUUCUGUGCUCCCGCGAUGAAUGGUUGGUUGGAGAUUUGUGUAUUUAUUUAUUUAUUAUAUUUCUGUACCACUUAAUACAAUAGCACCUCCAAGUGGCUUACAUAAAACUGACAAAAAUGCUACUUCCUGAAAACCAAACAAAUCCAAGCUAAAAAUAGAGCACAACCAUAUGUCACAGAUAAAACUGUACAAAGAAAUAAUUAAGAGUAAGAGCCCAUGAAAGCUUGGGUAAACAUGUGCAUCUUAAAGAGGCAUUUAAAAGCCAUGACUGUCUCUGCUUCACAGAUUGCCCAAGGUGGGUGCUACCAUGGAGACAGUGACAAUCUGCUGUUUGUAGAAUGGCCAGCAGGGUCUCCGUGGAAAAUCUUAAAAGUUCAGCUGGAUCUGUACUGCAGGAGGCAGUCGAGAGUUUUAAAUGGCAGAGGCAAAACCUUGAAGUUGGCUUGCUAGUUAAUAAUCAGCAAGUGCAGAUUUUGAACACCCAGUGUAAUAUGUGUAAAGCUGGUUGUUCCACUAAGCACCCUAGCAGAUGCAUUUUGCACCAGCUGCAGCUUCUGAACCACUGUAGCACUACAGUAGCUUAAUCACGAGGAUAGCAAUGUGUGUGGGCCAAUGCAGCAAGACCAUCCCUGUCCAAGAAUGGUUGUGCCAUAGUUGGUAUGCCAACAUUUGCAAAGUUGGUAAUAGGUGCUCAAAGCCGCUGAGGUCACCUGGACCUUUUGUGACAGUGGUGGAUCUAGCAAGACUCCAGAACCAUGCAUAUGUUGCUUCAGAGUGAGUGCAACCCCUACAGGCUGCACAACACAGUUUCUAGACUUGGCAACCACCCAUCCACAGGGUCUGUUGUAUCUCGAUUUACUGGUCCUCAUUUAGCCUAUGACUUCAUCUAGGCCCCAGUUUAGGACACACACAGCCUCUCCUGAUUCAAGUGUUGCAGAAAAAAUAGAACUGGGUGCCACCUGCAUUCUGAUGACACCAUGCCGCACGUCCUAAUGACCACUCCCUGUGGCUUUGUACAAAAAACAUUUGGCAAAAACUGUGCUCUUUGGGACCCCACAGAUCAGUUGCUGACAUUUUUACUUGGAAAUAAGUUUCAUUAUAUUCAAUGGAGCUUGUUCUGUAGGACAGGGGGACCCAACCUUUUGGGGAUUUGUGGGUACAUACAGAAUUCUGAAAAAACCACCAGUCACAAAAUUGCUAUUAUGCAGCAUUUACAUGAUUUUCACAUAGGUUGUCCCUUAGCCACCAUCAACUUUCAGAUUACAUCUGUCUUUCAUGGACUGAAUUGUAGGAGACAAACUGAAAUUGCAGAGUUUCGAGAAAUUAAAAAACAAAGUGCGAGAUUGGCUUCAUUACUAUCAGAUAAUGGAGGCAUAUAAUUUGGAUAAGAAAAUAGGCUUCCAGGUGGAAAAAUCAAAAUUGGAAACAGAAUUGUUAGAACCCAAUACUAAGACUUUGUCAAGAAUGUAUAACUUGUUGUUGAAAUGGAAUACUCAGGAUGAAACUGUGAAAUCUGCUAUGAUUAAAUGGGCACAAGAUCUAGGACAUAAUAUCAUGUUUGCUGACUGGGAACAGUUGUGGACCACAGGUAUGAAAUUUACGGCAUGUAAUGCCUUAAGAGAGAAUAUUAUGAAAAUGAUAUACAGGUGGUACAUGACACCAGUCAAGCUUGCAAAAAUCUACCAUGUGCCCGAUAAUAAAUGUUGGAAAUGUAAGGAAAAUGAAGGUACUUUUUUCCACCUUUGGUGGAUGUGCCCAAAGAUUAAGGCUUUCUGGGAAAUGAUAUAUAAUGAAUUGAAAAAGGUAUUUAAAUACACCUUCUUGAAGAAACCAGAGGCCUUUUUCUUGGGCAUAGUCGGCCAAUUGGUGCCAAAGAGAGACAGAACUUUCUUCAUGUAUGCUACAACAGCAGCAAGAAUUCUUAUUGCAAAGUAUUGGAAGACACAAGAUCUACCCACCUUGGAAGAAUGGCAGAUGAAGGUGAUGGACUAUAUGGAACUGGCGGAAAUGACUGGCAGAAUCCGAGACCAGGGAGAAGAGUCGAUGGAGGAAGAUUGGAAAAAGUUUAAAGAUUAUUUACAGAAAUAUUGUAAAAUUAAUGAAUGUUAGAAUGAUGUUGGAUAGAAACUAAGUGGUCUCUAGCUGAAAGGUUAUAAGGGAAUAUGACAAAAGUGUUUAUUAUGUAAUAUGUAAAAAUCUAAAAUUACAACAUUUUUAUGAUUAAUGAUUAGGAUAUUAAAAGAGGGGAGGGAUUUGCUGAACAAAAUAAUUGAACUGGAAUACAAAAAAGGAAGGUGUGAGGAGGUCCUGGAAAUAAGUAAAUGAAGAUUAAGUAAAGGAAGGAAAGAAUUGUUUUUAAACAUUUUUACUAUGUAUUUUCUUUUUUUUUCUUUUUUUUCCUUUUUCUUUGUGUGUUUUGUAAAAUAUUGAAAAUUUUAAUAAAUAUCUUAUAAAAAAAAAUGAAUUGUAAAACAAUCACCUAUCCAGCACUUUCCAGUGCCACCAUGGCAAAAGAACAUUGAUCCAGGUCGUUGUCCUCAUUGAUUUUUACAAGGCAUCUCCCCUCCAAGCCACCAUUGAAUUAUAAGAGGGGCUUAUGAAGGCAGUCAAUAAUGGGAUCACAAGUAGAACCUACACAAUGAAUUGAACCCACACAAUAGGUUUGGCAUGUGCCCCAACCUCUGCUCGCCACAGGGGAAAAUACUGUGGGGUGGGUGGGUGUGAAGUAGAUCACAGAGGGAAGGAGAGCAAAGCCACAGGUGUAGAGGUACCCGUACUUUUGCCUCACUGAGUUAUUUAGUUGGGGAGAGUUGCAGAAAUGCUCCCUAGCCAGUCAACCCAUUUCUGUGGGGCCUUUACAGAGCAGAUCCCUGAGAAGAUUUCCAACCAUUCCUCACAGAGCUGGGUGGGAAGUAUGAUGGCUUUGCUGCUGCUAAAAACAAGGAAUGCCUCCAACUUCUGUCUCUCUCACCACCACCCCACCCCCGUCUCUACAAGAUAAGAAAGCCUAUGAGCCUUGCUCCUUUGCCAAAAACAGUCUCCUCUGUUUCAUCUCCCCCCCACCCCUUUCCCCGCAUGGCACCCAUAGCCACUUGCAUUUCACACCCACACAUUUCCCAUUUCACAAACCACAUCCACCAUAGCCCAUUGUCUCCUUUACUCUGGCCAGAAUUUCCAAGGGAAGGGAGGAAUUCCAAUCAGAGAGAAAGAAGUAAGUAAGGAGAGAAGAGCAGUGGCGGGAUGAAGAAAGCCAGUUUUUGUUUCUGUAGGUUCAGGUUUUCUCAUGGAUGCUAGGGAAAGCCUUACUGGGUGCAUAUGCACCCACAGGGGCCGUAUGGUGGGGGGAGGGGACACCACCCAGCCAUAGUGAUUGCUUUUGCAGGAUUUCACCCUUGGGAUACCUCUCUUUGGGAACCACCAAAGCUUUCAAUACGCCUCUCUGUCAGAAGUAAAAUGCAUGUUUUAGUGAAACUAUUUCUCUUUUCCUAAGCAUCCUGGGUUCAAAAUAAUACGAGAUGGACUGUAGGAAAGGUUUAACUUGCUCCUGCCAAUUGCUCUCUAAAUUGAACCCCUGGCUCCCCACUUUGAAUAUUUAAUUGAUGAUGGUGAUGAUGAUAUUGUGACAGACCAAGCUUCAUCAACUAAUGUAUCUGCUGCUAUAAUAGGAAUAUAGGAAGCUGCCUUAUACCUGAUCAGACCAUUGAUCCCUCUAGCUCAGAACUACCGGCACUGACUAGCAGUGGAUCUGCAGAGAUCCCGGCAGGGGAUCUCUUCCAGCUCUACCUGGAGUUUCCUGGGACUGAAGCUGGAGACUUCUGCAUGGCAUGUGUUCAGCCACUGAGUUAUGGCCCUAUUUCCCCAUGGCUACAAUCUUUAGAAAGAUCUUUAGAGCCUCAUGUUCUUCAUGAAAUGGGCAGCGUCAAGAUGUUAGUCAAGAUGUUAUGCAAUGUGAUUAUAUGUAAAAGUAAUAAAAAUGAUUAUAUAAAAAAGUUAGUACUUUUUAAUCAGCUUGGUAUCUAAUACAAAAUUCCAUGUCUAGCAUAAUUGUAUCUAUCUUGCUUUCAACUACAGGCUCACUCAGACUUCCUUUUGCACCAUGUUUUAAAGCUCUGUGUCGAAGCAGCGCUUUAAAAUUUUGCCCUGGCACUUUCCACAGGAAGACACUCGUUUUAAUGCUGUACCAGAGCAAAUGGCAUUCCAUGGAAAACCCAGUUGCCGUUUUCUCUAAUUCAGUGGUGAAAUAUGGGACCCCAAAACCCCACACUCGAACACGGAACUUAUGGCACAAAAUGUGUAAUGGGUGAGUCCUCCUUGACAUAGCUCUGAGAGUCAAGCAAGGAAGACCUUUGAUUAAAAAGCACCUCCUCUUCAAAUGCACAGGAAAUAAAGCAGUGGUGUGGUCUGGUUCCUUCCUUCUCAUGUGCAGGAAAUGUGUUAAAAGGCAGCAGCUUGAGAAAAGGGGAAUGGGGGAAAAGUAGCAACUUUUAUUUCCUCCAUGCAGGCAGCAUCUCCUAAGUGUUCAGUGUUGUCUUCCUGGUCUACAAGAAAAACAGCCUGGAUUAGACUAAGAAUUUAUUAAGAUACCUUUGAAUUUCAGGAGGAAUUAGGAGACAAUUGAGGAUGCCGCCAUUGUGUUUUGAAGUGAUAAUUUAUCUUUUUCCCCCUGUGUUUUUUCUGUAUGCUUUAUCAGAUCUAUAGCAGCUCAUUGGCCCAUGCAGUAUUUUAGUCUGUUCCUUUAAAUUGACAGCAUUUCCUUAGGACUCAUAGCUGGAAUCCAGUGAUCUGUACCCCCACCCCCACCUGCUCUGUAUAAAGCAACUUUUGUGCAGAGAAACAACAAGAUGUUGUAAAAGCAAAGUACAAAAAUCUAGCCCAUUUGGGACUUAAUGUCAUUUAACAGACCAGGAUAACAGGCCAGAAUUUGAUUAUCUGAACCAGAUCAAAGCAUUCAAUUCAGAGCCUAAUUAGACAUUUUGUUAAGCAUGUGCUUGCAUUCAACAUGUAAUUUUCAGAAAUGCUAAUAGCAUCCCCUGGUGGGCUGAUAAUUGGGAUCGCAGUGGGAAACGUGUCCUCAGUGUCAUGUCUACUUUAGCCCUUAUAAAGGAUUUAGAGUCCUCUCCAAAGUAUGCAAACACUAUGGGCACAAUCUCUAGAAAUGCAGGCUUGUUGACAGUUGUUAUAAAAGGCAGAAGGUUGUUAUAAAAGCACAUGUACCCACUAUGGGAAACAACUGAAAAAGAAAAGUUUAUGUCUGGCCUGGGCGUAAUUAGCUGUUCAGGGCAGCUAACACAAUCAGUGCAAAAAUCAUUAAGCAAUAAGACCUACUGCCAAGCAACUGUGUGAAGGACCUAAAAACCAUAGAUAACAAACCCCAGAUUACUUCAGUAUCAAUAGCAAACUAUGACUGCUUGGAUGGACUCCCUCCUUGAAGUCUGAAAGGCCAGCAAAAAUCUUCUUCAGGGAGUCAAAAUCAUUGGGGCAGUAUUGCAAAGUUUCUGUGCCUGCUGGCCACUGCUCUUGACUUCUCUAGAAGAAUGUUAGAGCUGUAGUAGACAAUUUUCAGAAGUGGGGAGACCAGCACAUGGGAAGGGCAGCCAAACCAAAUGUGCACGUGUUUGUUAAACAUGCACUUGUCAGUAUGGGUGGGAAACUUUGUUUACUCAUUGGAGUGCAACCACUACCCCCCCCCCCGGCUAGAUCACUUCCACUGUUGGAGCUGGACUGGGGAGGGAAUCAAAGCAGUGGGGUGUUGAGGGGUUAGUUUUGCUCCCGUCCUCCAUGCACCCCUUCACACCUGUGAAUAUUCAAACUGACAUAUACAUGUUAAACAGACACAGAGAUGUCUGACUUGGUCCUUGAAUAUGCAGUUUCCAGGCCAUGAAUACUUUUAAAUAUUGUAAUCAGUGCCUUCAACUAAGCCUGGAAAAUAACUGGCAGCUGAUGUAGGUUUGAAUUAAACAUUGCUAAUUAUAGUUGUCUUGCUAGUUUGCUUUACAGCGUUUAAUCAUAUGUGUCAACUUGUGGAAAGCAAAUCUAUUUUUGAGUUUCAUUUCAAUUAAGUUUGAAAUAAGCAGGAAGAAACCAGUGCACAGUGGUGGACCCCUUCAGAAGGCUUAGAGCUCCUGCUUAUCACAACAAUAAUGGAGUGAGAGAACAUUUCCCCCCAGUUUGAGGUUAAUGUUGCAAUCCUGAACAGACUUAGUAGAAAGUCAGGUUGAUUCUUUACUGUUUGGCAUGUUUCCAAGUAAAUAUAUUGAGUAUCUUGCUGUGAGGUUCAAUCUUUUGAAUUACCCAGUUUAUGUCUGGCUGCGGUAUUAGACUGGAUAAAGGCCGAUAAACUGAAGACAGAGGUAUCAUGAGUGAGUGUAUUAUCUGUCUAGAGAAGUGGGAGAAGUGGUGCUCAUCCUGUGCUUGAUGAGAUAACACUCCCGGUUCCUCCAAGAAAAAGGUUUUCACAUUGUGGGAUGGCCCUUGAUCUAUCUAUCUUAUUAGAAGCAUGGGUUGCUUCUGCAGUAUAGAGUUCCUUAUACCAGCUAAGGCUUGUGGACCAGUGAACACCUUACCUGAACAGAGACAGCCUGGCCUCAAUUAACCUUCUCAAGGUUAGACUAAUGUAAUGCACUCUGUUUGAGGUUGCUUUUGCAGAUGGUUUGCAAAGUCCAGUUAGUGGAUUACUCACUGGGGUUGGCUUCCCUGUCCAUUUCCAGACCCAAUUCAAAAUUCUGGCUUUCACCUUGGUGGCAGCUGGCACUGUACAUCAAGAUGCAGAUAGCCUUCUGUAGGUGCACCUACCAUCUGUGGUGAGUUUGGUAAGCCACCAGGAACUAUGGGACCUUUUCAGUGCUUGCAUCCUAACUAUGGCGUGCUCACUUCAAGUUCAGAGCAUUCUGCCUGGCACUUAACUUGUUGUUAUGUUAGACAUAGGACAGAACCUUUGAGAUGAAAUAUUAGACCUGUUUGUUGCUUUUUCCUGUCUUUUGAGAUCUUGCUGCCUUUUAGGUUUUGUGCAUUUUUAAUAAUUGUUUGGAUCUGUUUUAUUUGUAGUUUAAUUCUGCCCUAGCAAUUUAUAUUGAAGUGUGAUAUUAAAAUAAAUAAAAUAAAAUAGCUGUAUUUUGUUGAGCUUUUCAGGCCAAUAUAUUUUGGGACUAUCCAGAAGUACCGCUUCAGCCUGAUACCUUGGAAGAGAUUUUAUUUCUGACAGUGUUUAAAAACUGAUGAUAUGUUGUUGUUUUUUAAUUUUCAACUGAUGUUUCAGAUUAACAAAAAUACUUGGAUCCAGUGAGCAGACUCCCAUUCUUGGGAUGCUGUCACUGGCAGAAGAAGGUGAAGUGGUUUUUUGCAGAAUCCUUCUUCCUGUUGGCCCUCCUGAAAUGAGGUUGGGCAGCCCUCCAGAACAGUGUGAGAGAUGAUGCAGGGGUGCACAGGAAAGGAGAAAUCAAUGAUAGUUACAUUCUUCCCCCACUCCCACUUAUACCAAUGGGAGUUUCCACUGGAUUGAAAGCUGUUCAGUGAAUGGAAGGAGCCCUUCCUUUUGUGGAAGAACAAGUCUGGAUUCAAGCCAAAGACUUGUGAUAUCAUGAUUGCUCCUCCAGAAGAACAAACAGCUGCUUUGGAAAAAUUAUGGGGAGGAGAAAGGCAAGGUUGGAUUAGCCAUCUCCAUUGACACCAUUGUUCUCCAGUUCUGGAGCCCCAUACAGCAAUUUUUUAAAACAACCACCAUGAGACCCCGAUCACAGAUCUCCCACAUCAUUUUUGUUUGUGCCCUUGACUCGAAUUACAGCAGUAGCCUGGGAGAUGCAUCACACACAGAGAGUCUGCAAGACAGAGACAGAGAGAAUACUCAAGGGCUGUCUCAAAAACCACACUUUAAGGGCAGAAUAUAAAUGUUUAAGUAGUAAAUAGUGGUUUUCUGCUCUAGCUGAUAAUCAAAGCAAGAGAAGGCUGAACUGGUGAUGCAAGCAAGGACUAUAUUCAGAAGUUUCUUUUAGCUGCCCAAACCAAGGAGGUGGUAGCAGCCAUUUUUGGGCACCUAGCUGUUUAUGCAGAUAGCACUUCUUUUGUAACAGAUUGUUUCUUUCACGAUGGAUUGUAGAAAAAUGUAAGCCAUGUAAAACACACAACGCUUGGCAGCUCUCCUCCCCCAUAUACAUUUCCCUCACAGGUUUUACUAGAUGCUCGUAAAUACUACUUUCAAUAACCUUUUCCUUCUGAAUGAGAUCAUUCUCUUCCUUCCAAUGAUGUACUAUUUAGGGUUACAAUUAUGCAGGAGUCAGAAGCUUGUGCAUGUUGGUAUAUAAUUUCCAGGAGAUCCAAAUAAAAAGAAGCUAUGCUGAUUUGUAGUGAAUUUGUUGUGGAACAUGUGUAGCGCAAUGACUUGUUUGUUUGACUUUAUUUUCAGGUUUCUGUGAAGACUGCAUACAAUAUAACGAUUAUAAUGGAGUUGUGAUAGCAGCAAUAUCUUGUCCAGAAUUCUGCUGUGGAAAUUGCAACAACCGAUAUUGCUGCUCAGACAGCAUGCUAAGAUUGGUUAAAUAUGAGCAACUUGUAUGUGAUGCAGAAAGGUAUGACCGGAGACUCAGCUCACUGUGAAAGUUUUGCUUGACACUUUGCAGAUAUACGCAGAGCUUCAUGCGUAUAUUGCACCCAUUUUAGAACUUUUGCAUUGGUUAUUACAAACACAGCUCCAGACAUAAUUCAAAAUGUUAGUUAUUACUUAUAAAUCCCUAAAUGGCUUGGGUCCUGAAGUACUGUCUCCUCCCAUGUAAUUUCCCCACACGCUUAAGAACUGAGGAGAAGGAUGCACUUCCCUCUGUCGGGUUGCGGGUGACUGCUAGGUUGUUUGGAAUGUGUGAGAGCCUUUAUUGUGGCUCUAUUUUGUGGGGACAGCUGCAUACCAGCUGCAUAUUUCUCUCCUGUGGAAGGUUUGUUUGGCUUUCUCUCUUCUAAUGUUCUACCACCAGAUGAAGAAUAUUCUAAUUAGGCAAACCUUUUAUGGGCCUUUUAGUGUCUUACUGUGAUGUUUUAGUUACCUGGCUUGCUGCUUGACUUACCAUGGUGUUGGGGGUUAGAGGUAAAUGUAAACAAUCUUGUUUUGUUUUGCAUUUAGGGAUAAAAUUUAGUAUACAUGGGGUGCUUCAGCAUUUAAAGGUGCAUCUUAAACACAGUGGCUUGAAUCCUAAGUGAAUGGAAGGAGGUUUACAGGAAAAAGGUUAUUUACUCAAUAUGGGGUCAUUCCCAUUUUCCCAGCAGUUCCCUGGGCCCAAUUCCACUUUGCUCAGGAGGUCCCCUAACCCUUCACAGGUGUUUGAGAGGCACUGGAGGGAGGAAAGGAUUGGGAAACUUUCACUCAUCUUAGGCUGCUGGCUAAUUAUCUCUAUUUUCAAUGGAAAAACUCCCCUUUAUGGCUGAGAAGCACAGUUCGCCAUGUAUGACUUCCCUGCACUAGAUAUUAACGCCACGUGAAUAACAUUGUAAAGAAUAGCUACAUAGGAUGAAAUUAUUGCUAAACAUUAAAGUCUUACAUUUGUUUUUAUACUACAGGUCAGAAGCAGAUAUCGAAUUUGAGAUGUACAAAUCGAACGACUUUGGCAUCGACUCUCAACCCAAGUAAAUAAGUGGUUUUAUGUACACACAUUUAACUAAUGUAAUAUCUGUGAUACAUGCAAUUGUAUGUAUUCUUAUCAUUCUUUUCUUUGGUGAUCACUCGUAGCCAAGUAAGAUUGUCUUCCAUAAACAUGGUUUUAACAAUGAGUCGAUAAGUGAUUGUGGAGGCCAAUUAUGGAUCCACACGUCCUUCCACAGUGGGGACAUUGGUUUCCGGGUUGGAGUUGAUCAUGGUGUGGAUUUGCCAAAUCUACAAAAUUCUUAUCAUAUGUUACACUAGAAAGCCCUGCUUCAUGGCAUAUGUAAAAAGCUGUGUUCACAGGGUGCAUGUUUAUAGAGUUUCAAUAUACCUGUAGCCACAAUUAGAAAUCUUAAGACUAUUUGUUGUGGAAUACUCUUUUUAAAUUCAUGUAGCAUGAUGCUGGUAUAAGUUGGUGGUCAUGAACUCUCAGAUUCAUGUAAAUGACAGUCUUGUGAUUUAAUGAACCAGUUUUGUGUUGGCAUUUGUCUACCAAGCCCUUAGACUCUUCUGAUAUACAGUGGUACCUCGGGUUAAGUACUUAAUUCGUUCUGGAGGUCCGUUCUUAACCUGAAACUGUUCUUAAUCUGAAGCACCACUUUAGCUAAUGGGGCCUCCUGCUGCUGCCGCGCUGCUGGAGCACGAUUUCUGUGCUCAUCCUGAAGCAAAGUUCUUAACCUGAAGCACUAUUUCUGGGUUAGCGGAGUCUGUAACCUGAAGCGUAUGUUAACCUGAAGCGUAUGUAACCCGAGGUACCACUGUAUUGCAAAGUGUCAUAACUACUCUUCAAUGUCGUCUUUUUCUGUUGAAGGUGAAAACUAAAUCCUGGAGUGGGGAAAAUCCUUAUAAUAAGUGACAUUUCAUGCCAAGAAGCAAACUUUUUACAAGCCGCAACUAUUUCUUGUUGGGUGUUAGUUUCAUGCUUUCAAGAACAACAAAGUGGCAAUUUCCACCCAUAUUAAAAUGAACAUAUGAAAUCGGUUCAUUGGAUGAAUGUUUUGAGUAGUGAUGGAUGACUGAACUACUGGUUAGCAAAUAGGGAAGCUCACAAACACCUACGGCAGAAUGCAAUCUUCGUUUUGCGUGGGGGUUAAGUUCAGGACUCACACGUGCAUCAGCAGGGCCCAUGUAAAGUGUUCCGCCCCGCCCCCAUUCCACCCCUUGAGUGACAUUUUAUUGUCACUUCUGGGUUUGGCACCAUGCACGUGUACGCGAUCGCACUUCAGUCGGACGUGCGUCCAUUGGUCAAUGCCUGUAGUAAUCUUUGAUCUAAUUUAGAUAAAGCAUAAAGCACAUUCCUCGUUGUAAACUCCUCAUGUAGGCAUUUGGGAGCAAGUGAUCCUCCACAGCUGUUCUGAGGAGGCGCUGCUUAUUAAUACCCCACCACUGUGUGUGCCUUGUGGUAUCUCACCCCCACAUUGCCAAAUGCAUGUUGCUCAAAUGUCUUGAGCUUUCAUUCAAUCCCAUUGGGAGGAGAAGGAACCUGCAGUGAUUGUGAGAGGAGGUGCCCCUUUAUCCUUGGGGGCUGCAUAUGGUGACAGCUUGUUAUUACUCCCUGCAUCUGAUCUGUGAUCUUGCAAGGCAAAAAUGACCAUGAGCUGUGGCAUUGGUUGGAGUGGAGUGCCUGGCCUUUGGCAGCAGAGAGCUUACCUGCAUGUUGAGAGAAGUACUUCUCCUUUGUGGAGGACUCUACAUCCUGCUGUGGAGGGUGCAAGGGAGAAGAGGGCCAGAGCAGGAUAGUUCAGCUAGGGCACAGUAGGCAUAAGGCGAUACAGAGGCAGGUGUGGCACUUGGGCAUGAACAGCAUGUGUUUUCCCUUCACUUGCUUACCUGCAUGGUAUGCUCUGUCCUGGUACCCUCAUUUGUUGGACUGGAGUGUGAUGUUGGCUGGCUGCUUGUGCCUGGGGUCCCAACAUGAAGUAGCUGUUCAGGCUUUGGGACAAGAAAUGACAGUAAUGUGCUCAUGCUCCCUUGUGUUCCAUAUGGCCUGCCAAUUUGCGUAAGGUGCUUCCUUUGUGAGGAUACUGUCAUUUCCCCUUCUCCCUCACCUUGUGAGCUCUUAAGUGUACACAACAUGAAUGAGUCCAGAGAGAGAUACGAUCCCACACUGAACACCUAGUUAUCUGAAUAGCGGUCUCCCUGUGUGUGUUUUACUGUAUAUACUGGUGGUGUGCUAUGAUCAGGUACUGAUUCAGUCAUAGCAACAUGUCCAGGGUAGGCAUCAGGGUGGGGGUGACUCUCUUGAAUUUUGUUCAAGUUCCUCUGGAGGGAAAUUUCCUGGGUAAAAUUGGUGGCAUUAAUGCUUCUGAAUAUGAGUUGCCAGAAACCACAGGAGGGAAGAGUGCUUUUGUGCUUGAAUCCUGCUUGCUGGUUUUCUACAGGCAACUGUUCAGCCACUGUAAGCUCAAGAUGCUGGGAUAGAAGGGCCAUUGGUCUGAUCUAGCAACUUCUUCUUGUGUUAUUAAUUAAAAUGUACAGGUAUAUUUUAUUAUGAACCUUUUCAUAAUAUUCCAAAACAGGAUAAAAAAAUUACCUUUGUAAAUCUGUUUGUAAGUUUCAUUGGUGCUAUUAUAGACUCUGCUAUCUUUUUAUACUAAUCUAGGCUUAGGGGUGCUUUUUUUCUUCUCCCAGGAUUUUCUUCUUCCAGGAAAAUUUCCUGUAAAUUUACAGAUAUAAUCCAUGGUGGUAUUUUGGCCCAUAACCAUUUCCGUUUUAGUCAUGUCAGCUCUUGUUGAAGCUUGUUUACCCAAUACAAAGAUCCCAACUUUCUUAUCCAAUUCCAUGAUUAUUAAGGACAUUUUGCCAAUUAAGCCUUUGUCUUGAUCUGAUAUUAGUAAGAUUUCAAAUGCUGUAUUUCCUUAAUAAGCAUGAUAACAUCUCUGUUACUUGAAAAUAUUGUUAUUGUUGUGGUUGAAAGUCAGUCAUCAGAUUAAUAACUUCCAUAUACAAUUUAAUCUCUUGCCUGGUUAUUUAUCUAUUUAUCUAUUUAUUUUUAUUAAAGCUAGUUCUGCUUGGGACCAUGGUGACACUUCCAGUUUUAGUUUUUAUUUUUAGUAAUCAGUCACCCUAACGCAGGCAUGGCCAAACUUGGCCCUCCAGAUGUUUUGGGACUACAACUCCCAUCAUCCCUAGCUAACAGGACCAGUGGUCAGGGAUGUUGGGAAUUGUAGUCCCAAAACAUCUGGAGGGCCGAGUUUGGCCAUGCCUGCCUUAAUGAUAUAUGUAUUUUUAUUUUUAAAAUGGCAAUUUUUUUAACAUUGUAUACCACCCUGAUAAUAGAUGCUAUGAUGGUAUGGAAAUACUUUUAUAAAUUAAAUCAAUAAAUAUAACAUUUAUUUAUAUAUCAUAGGAUUUCUUUCCACCCUUCACUAUUAGGUCCAAGGGCAGAUUACAACAGUAUAAUCAUAUAAUUUUAAAAUUAGAUAAAAUAAAGUUAAUAAUACAGUAAUGCAAUUUAAACAAGAAGCCCAAUAAUUUUCCUGUUUAAAUUUUGUGUGUAAUCUCAAAGACUAGGGUAAAGAGGGGUGUCUUCAGCAUCUAAUAGCAUCUGUAAAGUAAAUAGGCUAGAUGUAGCUUUUUGGGGGACGGAAUUUCACAAUCUGAGGGCAGGCACAAAGAAUAUGGCUACAUUUUAGAAUUGCUGGAUUUCCAUUUAUACAAAAAGCUUGAGCAGAAUGCAUUGAAGCCAUUGGGCAGUUUAGGAUGACUCAGUUGUGCCUUAUAUUGUUCUGUGGUUCAGGGUGAAAAGCAACGCUCUGUACCUUUAAGAAGGCUUUUUUGAGCAAAAGUAGGUGUGACCAAGGAAGCCUGCUAUGCUUUCCUGCUGAUGUCACUGACAACGAAACAGCACAUAUCCACCAGGCUUCAGUACAUCCGUAAGAAAGCAGCCAGUUUCGUUUCUGAGUGAAAAGAAACUAGAGGACUUGAGAGAGAGAGAGAAAGAAUUUGGGUUAAAAGCCUUUGCUGAGAACAAAAAUGGGGUAAGCUUUGCUUGUUCUGUCUGCAAGCAUAUUGUCUUAUGUUACAAAUAGGCAAACAUUGGGGAUAGCCUGCAUAGCUUUAGAUUAUGUAAUUGUAAAAAUUUACAGGGAUGGUGCCUAUCAAUGACGGUAAUCCUUCUUAUUUAAGGUUUUAGCCAGUCAUAUGUAAAAGCAAGUAACUUAAUGGGAGCAGUGCGGUAUGUACAUAACUUCCAAAAGAGAUAAUUUCAACCUCUGUAAUUCUUAUUCUUAUGCAUUGAGCAUGUAAGGCAGAUGUAUUAACUGAACGGAAACAAUGAAUCACUCCUUAGCAGCUUGUUGCUUCCCCUUUUCUCAAAAAAAUCCGUUUGGAAUUGAUUUUACUAAAGCUUUCAUGGAACUUUUCACUGAAGCUGAUGCAGUUCACUGAAAUGAAAUAAUGUUUAAAUAAAAAAGAAAAUGUGUUUUUAAUCCUUCAUGCAGGAAGUUGUUUCUGCUUUACUGUUCAAAUAUUACAGCUUUUGAACUAUUUUACUUAAAUAAAAGUGAAAUGUUUUGAAUGGCAAAACCAUUUAACUUUGUGGUAGUAAUGAAUCUAAGCAGAGAAGCAUUUAUAUAUGUUUAGAUACGCAAUAAAGCAGGUUAAUAAACACGGAUUCCAUCAUCUUAAAAGGAAUUGUAGCAAUAAUAAAUUUAUUCUUCUUGCUAAUAGUAAAUAAAUUGGGGGCUACACUGAGUUAUCUGAAAGGUUUUGAAUUGCAAAAUGUGGGGGCCUGCAGUAGAAACUUUUUAGUGGUAGCCCCAAAACUGUGGAUUGAUUUCCUUGCUGAGGGGCAUACAGUAUUGCCAAAACAUUAUAGUCUUUCAGGGGGCAAGUCUUUCAGGCUUUUGGAGGUGAGAAGGUGUAGUUAAUUGAGGUCAGCCUAUGGUACCUGUUGUUGCCUUAACAUUGUUUUUGGUUUUCCUUUAUUGCUAUUAUUUAUUAUUUUCAUAACUUACAAGAAGAGUCUCAAAGUGACAUUCAGCAAAUUAAAAGUGCAAUAAAAAGAGCAAAGCCGUGCAUGGUGCUAAAAGUGGCCAUCCACAAAUAACCAGGAAAACUAGGAAAAUAUCCCAUGCAACCAAUAGAUGAAUAUCAAGAACACGCCAGAAAAUCAAACCAUGCCAAGGUCCAAAUUCCCCAAGAGAAUAGGAUGGUCUUUGUCUGGCACCUACAAGCUGACAGUGUUGGUGCCACAUGAGCCUCCCUGGACUCUCAAAGCCAUCUGGGGCUCAAGUUUCUUGCAGCAAGUAAAAACUGAUUCUCACCACCACCACCACCACUUCCUGUAUUAUACCAAAAGUGUGGAAAGGCAAUUUUUUGUUCCACUGUAUGUUGCUGCUACAUUUAAUUUAGUGUUUAAAUUACCUUUAGAAAUAAAUAUUGGCAUGUGUUCAGCAUUUUGUACACUGCCCUAUGAUUGUACGGUGAAGAAGGUGGUGCAGAAAUAGUUUAAAUAAGUAAAUAAUUUUGAUGGGAUAAAUAGUGCCGUUGCAGUUAUUUCCUGCUUGUGGGCAGUUAUUUCCCAGUGGGCAUCUGAUUGGGAACAGAAGGCUGGACUAGAUAGGUCUUUGGUCUAAGCCAGCAGUGCUCUUCUUAGGUUCCAAAGUCCCAGCCUCCAUUCCUUAAACCUUGUUCUUUUCUUAAACAAAAAAUGUGCAUUACAUUUACACUGCAAUAGUUUGUAGGAAGGCAUCCUAAGAGUCGAAUUAUAUAUACCAUGUUAAUGACUUUAAUAACAUAAAUCAAACAGCAGCUGGAAGAGCAGAGGACAAAGGGUGAAGAAGGAGCUGUUAAGUGGCGGGGGGCCUCUUCCCAUCCUUUGGACCCCCUGUUAAACUCAACAAACCUCCUGCACCUGGAACUGGGUGUUGAGAGUGCAGUUGAUUGCUCAUAAAAACAAGUCUAGAAUGGGAGACUUAGGGUGAUGUCCCCUCUUUCCAGGACCUCUUCUCAUUUUGAGACUUCUGUGGGUGAGCUGAGAGUUUGUUUGGACCCUGGGUGUGAACCCAGAGGCUGAAAGGAAGGAGGAAGGAAGGAAGGGAGGGGGAAAAAUGAAUUGAGAUAGCUAGAUGAUUGAUAGAUAUUGCUACUAAUGUAACAUUUUUAUAUGUAGGUAUGUAUUUGUGUAAUACUUUGUUUUAAGUUGCCUGUGGUUCCUUUCGUUUUCUGUAUGCUGCUUAAAGAUAUUUUAAAUAUAUGAAGCGGUAUAACAAUUAAAAAAUCAAAUCAAAAAUAUGCAGAUAUUUUUGUAAUGGAGAGACUGCCAGCAAGCUAAUAUUACAUGUGACUGCAUUGCAACAUAUAGUAUGGCUCACAGGACACUUCCAAACAGUAUUCUUGCCAAUUAAAACUUGGAAUGAGAGUGCUGAUCAUCUGCAAAAAACCACUGUGGGCACUGGACACAACCUAGCCUCUGGGUUCUGUAUGCAAAAGGCAGUGUAUGAACACCUGUGUGCAUGAGUGGAACUAGCAUGUGGUAACAUCAGAGCCCACUUUUGGUCUCCAAAAAUUAGUACACUCAUGGAGCCCCUCCACUGCAAUAUAUACCAAGCCAGGUACAUAGCACCAGAGCAGGCCAAGGCAUUGCUAUAUCGCAGGACCUCCAUGCUAUGUCCCCUAGUAAGGAAUCUUGCACCUAGGUUAUCCUUUGCACACAAAUUAUGUCAGCUUUAAGUGCAUAGUGGUGGAAAAGGGAGCAGGUGGGAGCCCACAAACUCUUAUCAGAGUUUUUGCAGGACCAAGUGCCUUUGGGUCUAUGAGCUCUAAGCACGUGGUAAUCUUGUGCAGGGUGUGAGAAAUGCAUUUGCUGAAGGAUUUCCUUCCCAUCGUGCUGCAGAGCUGCACCAUGCCCUGUAACUGAAAAAUACCCCAGUAGCUGCCCCGUAACUAUUCUGGAAGUCACCCAGAGUGGCUGGGGCAACCCAGUCAGGUGUGUGGGGUACAAAUAAAAAAAUAGGGUUGUUGUUCUGCUGUCAUAUAUAUACUAUUACAGCACAUUUUGUAAUAAAACUCAAUUCUUACAUAAGUUUGUACUAUUGUAAAUUAAAGUAGGCCACUAUAAUGCAUAGGCUACCUAGAGAGUUAAUAACUUGACUUGUGAGGGCUCACGUAUUGUGGAAAGAUAGCUAAACUCCCUCCAGUUGUUGCAGCACGCCCCUACCUACCCCUCUUUAUUCAGAAGUAAGUCCCAUUGAUUUAAGUAAGGCUUUCAAAUUAGUGUGCUCAGGAGUACUGUCCAAGGAAUACGUGGCUGUUUUCUGAUGCCCAGGAUCCAAAGUUCAAAUUGCUAAACUAUGCAUGAAACAUGCAUAGCUUGAGGCUCCUAGCAUUACAGGUGCAUUUAAAAAAGAUUAUCCAGUUGUUCUGCGAUUGAUAUAAAAAGUGUACAGAAUAACAAUUCUGGCUUACUCCCAGGUAAGUGGGGUUAGGAUUGCAGCCAUAGUCAUUUGCAUUUUAGAGCCAGGCUUUAGAAAGCUGCCUUUAAACCCAGUCAUACUGUCCAUCCAUGUAGCUCACCAUUGUUUGAACUGACUUUCAGGAGCUCUCCAUUUUCCGCCAGACAGAAAUCUCUCUCACCUCUACCUGGAGGAGGAGGUGGGUCUUACAUUAUGGAGUUCAGCACAAACUGUUGACUUCUCUCCUGGUGGUGGGUGGGAUGCUAAGGUAACAUGUUGCCAGAGCUGCAACUAGUGGUUGGCGAAACUGCCCCCCAACCAGGGGCACAAAAAUCACAUAUCAGACCAUGGAGUUUCUGAUGCAUGUGUGUGUGUCAAUGCACUGCUGCUAUUGUGGCAAGAUCAACCAUGGUAGAAACUCCCUGUCCUUCUCACACAGCAGCACAAAGGUGAUUGUUACCUUGGGGAGGGGGGGCGUGCCGAUACAGCUUUUUGCCAGGGAGGCCAAUACAGUUCCUUGCCAAUGGCACAAGGGACUCCAAGUCUGCAUCUGCACAUUGCAGCUGCUGUAUUCAGGUAAAACAAUCUGGAGAGACCAGGGAAUUAUGUUAGAAUGUUGUUUAUUGAUUAUAGCUCGGCUUUUAAUAUCAUCCUUCCGGACAUUAUUAUCAAAAAGCUGAUGGAACUAGACCUUUCGUCUACCAUCUGUGAUUGGAUUAAAGACUUUCUGAGGGAUCGGACACAAACAGUGAGGAUUGGGCCUGUUACAUCUACCUCCCUGAAGCUCAGCACUGGCACCCCACAGGGAUGUGUGCUGAGUCCCUACCUGUACUCGUUGUAUACAUAUGACUGUAUUUUAUCUGAUCCAUCCACUGUAAUUAUUAAGUUUGCAGAUGAUACUACCAUAAUGGGUCUAAUUACAGGUGGAGAUGAAUCAGCGUACGGGGGGAGGUUCAAAAAGUAUCUACAUGGUGCUUAGAGAAUAACUUGCACCUAAAUAUUAGCAAGACAAAGUAGAUGGUGUUGGACUUUCGGAGGAAGAGAGGGGAACUAGCCCCAUUGUAUAUCGGGGGGGGGGGUUGUGUGGAGAGAGUCAAGACCUCACUUGGAAAAAAAUAUAACUCAGGUGGUUAUGAAGGCCCAAAAGAGACUCCAUUUUCUCAGGGUCUUGCGAAAGAACAAUGUUAAACAACAAUUGAUGACCUCCUUCUACUGGUCCACAAUAGAAAGUGUCCUCUCAUAUUGUAUCACAGUGUAGUACGUUGGCUUGACAGCCAUGGACAGAAAGUCUUUACAGAGGGUGCUGAACACAGCACAUGAUAUCAUGGGCUGUCCCCAUAGCCCACUAAAUGACAUUGCAAGGGAUCGUUCCCUAGGAGAGCGAGAAAAUUUUUCAGGGAUGAUUCACACCCCAGCCAGCACCUCUUUAAUCUUCUACCCUCGGGCAGGAGAUAUAGAAGUAUAAUCAGUCAUACCAACAGGCUAAAAAACAGUUUCUAUUCGUGGGCUGUUAGGCUGCUGAACGGAAAAUAAUACAGUGCAACUGACUUUCAGGGUUGGUGUGUUGUGCGACAAGCACAGAGUGCGAUGAGAUUGAGUGUUUGUGGGGGGGGGAGGCUCAGUUAAUUUCAUUGCACACAGGUUGUAUACAUUGACAAUAAAGGUAUUAUUAUUAUGAAACAUAAAUAAUUCACUGUCAUUGUCAAAUGCAUCUCCUUUGUUUAAAAAACACCUAACUUAAUGGGUCUGAUUCUCAGUUCAAAACUAGUAAAGUUAUUUCCCCAUGUACGCGUUAUGUAAUGGCAAUCUGUUGCUUUGUGGGGGGGCGGAUAUUAAGAUAUGUCAUAAACACCUUUCUGCACAAUCCUAAUUAAACCUAUUCCUGGGAACCGCUACAUCCAGUGAUGUUCCAGGAAAUACUGUAGACUAUCAACAAGCAGUUAACCAAGUCAGGAAUAGAUUCAGCCUUUAAUACUGAACAGAAUGCAACUGUAUGGCCAGAGGAUAUCAGUCCAGAUCACUUUCUACUGAUGCUAUAAAGAAUAAAAUGAUCACAUGCAACUAUUUAGUACCCACAAAUGGUAACUGUGGCUUCAUGGACAUUACCCAUAUUUACUUUAUUUAGUUUAGUUAUCUGCCCACAGGGCUUGCCCAACAGUGCAAGCACCUCAUGCAGAAGCUUAGGGUAGCAAAUUUGGACGGCUCAGAAGGGCAACGCUAGACUAUAUUCUGGGACAGAACAACACCAAAGACCAAGAGUAAGGCAGUAUGGGAGAAACUGAGCACACAGGCAGCCACUGGGGAAAUAAUUUUUGGUUUGUGUCCAAAGUGCAUGGGAGAGGGGCAAGGAAUGCAUUCUACUAUAGUCAGAAGCAGAAAGCAAGGGAAAGUGGGAAAGAGUUCUCCUUAUUGUGUACAAAGGAAAAUGAGUGUGCAAAGCAUUUUGCUUCAGCUGUGUGAUCCCAUUAAUUAUCAGCACUGCCUUCCCACCCACACCAGCUGAAGCAAAAUUCUUUUUUAAAAACCUGCACGUUUGAUGCAAAGACACCUUUAAGUACUCAUGAUUAUCUGAUAUGUUUUGUAUAAAUAUGAACCUUGUAUUCCACUAUGGAAUAUAUUUUAUGCUUUUAAAAAAGCUUAUUAUGACCAUUAUUUUAUUGUCUUGUAUUUAUUACUCCUCUUGCUGUAAUUAUUAUUUUGUUUGUUUGUUUGUUUGUUUGCCUACCUUGAUGUUUUGUUUAUUUAUUAUGUUUUUAAAGAAAAAAUGGACGUUAAGUAAAGGCUGGAUAUGGUCUUAAACAAACAAACAAAAAAGGUAUUUUAAUGUUUACAUGGUUUGGCCUGAAGCUUCACUCUCUUGGGCCUCAGAUGGUCCCCAAUCCUAUUAACUAGAGAUGCUUGGUAUUAAGCCUUGGCAAAAUAUGUACUUCACCAUUCAGCUGUAGCUUCUCCUUAUAUAAAGUGUGGUUAUAAGUUGCUGAGACUGGCCUGAUUUACUGACCAGAGUCAUGCUGUCCUCCAGCAUGUUCUGCAAAUUGGUUUGUGCAGCCUCUUCUCUUCCUUUGCAAUGGGUUAUAACAGCAGCCGAGGACAGUUGCUUUUUCCUGUUCACCAUACCCUAAGAAUAAAUCCCCAGAUCCUAGACUUCUUCCUCGGGCUCUUUAAGGAGCUUGUGCAGCAAAGAGAGAAUAAAACUGGAAUGCCUGCUCUCCAAUGAGACCGAGUAUACCUGAUGAGCUUCCAGAAAGAAGACAACAGAGUGCGUACACUAAUAUCAUCAGAGACAAGGGAGAAACAGGUUCUUGAAAAACUGCCUAUUAAAAAAUGGUGGCGUUUUUCUGAGAAUCCAUUUCUUCCUUCUCUGUAUGAGCUUUCAGAUCUCACCACCGCAGAGCAAUUACCUGGCUCCCCUAAUUACAUGACUUGAAUUUUCAAAAGUAUUGAAAUAUUGUGACAUAUACGUAUGAGUACAUGUUUUUUUGGAAACAUGAACCCACCCUGAAAUCUUCAUAUGCCAUUCUGGAGAGGGGUCGUCCCACUGGUUGAGAUGUAUGCAUUGUCAACUCGACAUCUAGCGUGUGGCCCCUGUAAGAGAAGCAGCUAUGAUCCAGGAGGUCAGUUCCUAAACUACUGACUCAGCGCUGUUGCCUGGCUGGAGAGGUCAACUUGUGCAAGCUCCCAGGCUUUAUCAGAAAUGAUGUUUGUUUGACCACUAACUCUGCUUGUAGCUGAAGACAAUAAACACCCAACCUCAUUUCCUGCCACUGUCUCUUUCACCUGGGGACAACUUUCCUCAGCUCCUCCCCUACAGCUUGAACAAAACAACCACAACCACAUCCCUUCUUUCCCCUCACAGUUUUAAUAACCGUGCUGCUGCCUGGAGAUAGAGUGGGUGGGUGGCAGUCUGCUGUUGGUGAUGUUGGCUAAUGACCGUCUGGUACAGUGGUCUCAUUGAACCUAAGAUCUGAGUAUCAUAUGCAUGCAUAAGAAAUACACCUAUAUAUUCUCUGGCUCCUCAUCAGAUCAUAUAAUUUUUUCACCUUUUAGAAAUAACACCUAUCUAUUCUGACCAAAUUGCCUCAUCUAGAGUUCGAUGAUGAUGGCAGUUUGGGGCAGGGGCCGUCUGGCAAUGUUGCAUACUUGAUGGGCGGUAGUAGAUUAAAGAACCACUGCAUUAGCCUCUAAAAUCAGCACCCAAAAGUGAAGAAAGACCUGAUUCAGCUUGCAUUACAAUCGCUGUUACAAGGACUGUGUUUAAGAUGGGCUCCAAUAAGUGUGAUUCUCCCUCCCUGCCCUUCGUUGCACAAGACAUUUCAUUUUGUGGCGGUGUUGCCAAUUCACGGAAGAGUCUAUAUCGUGCUGCAGCACUUGGCUGCUCAUAUACAGUAAAUUGUGUCUAAUUUUGCAUAACACCAGUAAGCUCUUGCUUUUCACAUUUAAGGAAAGGAACACUCAAUGAAUGCAAGCUGUGGGUGUUUCUCUCCACCCCUAUUUUGGUAUGAGCUUCAGGAAUUAGUCAGUACAGUACUGAAGUUGUCAGAUGGCUUGCUGCUGCAGUCUCAAAGAUAUACCAGCUUGCACUUCGUAAAAUAUUUUGGGUGUGCCUUCAGUUUUCUCAUCAUGCAGUGGAAAUAUUAUCACUGUAGCUGAUAAUAAUGUAGUUUACCCACCAGUGUAUUAAACCUAAGUGCAUUGGCUGAAUGUUGUUGAACGCAAACUUUUUUUUAGCCUGACUGGCCUGAUGUUUGGCAGAAGCAUGGAGCAGAAUAUAAACAUGCAACUGAAGAUGUAGUAUCACUGUGAAAUCCUUAAAUGCUUUAUUUUGUUUCAUUGUGGCCAUUUUGUUUCCACCUCAUUGGAGCUUUUUUAUUGUUGUUGGAUUCGUUUUAAAGAAUAGAAAGAAGUUAAAAAUGGAGGUUUGAUAUGUAAAACUCUCAUCAUGGAUUCUUCUUAAUGUGGGGGAAAUGUACUUUUUUUGCCCUUAUGAGUAAAAAAAUAAUUUGAAUGUGCCUGGGCAAUUCCUGCUAAAAUAAUAGAAACCAGAGAUAACUGAACUAGAUUCCUAGGGCUGGACUGAAUUAAUUGGUCCCACAAGUUGGCACAACUGGACUUUACCCUCCUCUCCUCCCCCCCCCCCAUGUGUCCCCUAGAUUGGCUCAGGUGGGUCAGGAUAAUGCCCAGAAUAGUACUUGGGAGAAGGAGAGGGGAGAUAUCAAGCAAGCAGAAAUGCUUUUGCUGAUGAAGCUAUCAUGAUAUCACUAUGUUGAAACCCUUCCCUAGUGGUUACAGUUAGGCCUUGGUGUGCUCCUUCCCCUAACCAAUAAAUACAAAACCCAGAAUAAUUUGUGCAAAACAGUCAACACUAAAAAACAAAUAUUCACAAAUUAAAUUAUGAAAAGUUGCUCAAUGCACAUGAUUUAUGAAGGCUGCUUGGUUGCUGAAGGUGGCCCAAUUUGGAUUUUGCCUGGUGCAGCUUCUCUUUUCAUCUGUAUCUCUCCUCGAGAUCAACUUAUUUUAUUAUUCUCUACCCUAACCUUUAACCCAAGGGUGAGGAACUUUCCCCUUCUGUCAGUGUCAUCAUUUCCUCACUGGUUACAGAAAGGUGGUGAUAAAGGUGGAAUAAAGACCACACACUGCUUCAAGUUUAGCUGUGGUAUGCCUCUGAUUAGAAUUCCUAAUAGUGUGCAAUUCUACUCAGAUGAAAGCUUUACGGGGUUUUAUGAAGUUAGUCUCAAAUAACUACAGAGGAUUUUUGUAAUAAAAAAAUACAACAGCCAGUACAGCUACUGUUCUGGAAAGCAAAUUAAAAUAAUUACUUUCUGACUUCAGGAUGCUACACACCCACACACAUAUGGCAGAAGCCUACUAAUUUUUUUCUUGGACAGGUGGGUAAAAUACUUCUUUUCUCCAAGCCAUACAAACAGGAGGAGAAGUAAAAAAGGGAAAAAAAGAAAUCAGUUUAUCUGUCACAAGAGACUAAAGCCCUGUGGGACUUGACAUCUUUCCGCAGGGCCUACAAGACAGAGCUGUUCCACCAGGCCUUUGGCCAAGGCACAGCCUGACCCCCUCCUUUGGUAAUUCUUCACAGAACCCUAGCCCAAUGGUUGCCAUCAAUUUGAUUUGAACUGAUUUUAUAAUGAAUUUAUUUUAGAAUGCUGUAUUAUUUUACUGUUAUUAGCCGCUCGGAGCCCAGCUUUGGCCGGGUAGGGUGGGAUAUAAAUAAAUUAUUAUUGUUGUUGUUGUUGUUAUUAAAAUGAAAUUGUUCUGAAAUGUCAUAUACUGAGGGAAGGAGCACUUUGAAAAACCACAAAAAAAGGAAAGGAACUGGAAGGGGGGAAAUGGAUGGGAUGGAGGAAUGGGAAAGCUUCCAGAGCAGUGUUAGAAACUGAGGUACGUUUAGGCACACUUUUUUAUAACAAGAAUACAAAGCUGAAAAUGAAUGAACUGCAGUGAAAAUAUUAAAUUCAUUUUUCACAUGGUCUAGUCCUUCCCCUGCCCACCCCCCUAAUAUUCUUUAGAGGGUCUCUUCUCCAGUCUUCAGAGAGUAACUGGAAGUGAGGAGGCAGAAAAAGAUCCUUCUUUCCUUCCACUCUGCAGUUUUAAUCAGAACUGCACCCAGAGCUCAGAAACUGCUCACGCUAAUGAAAUACCCUAUCACAAAAUGUGCCUAGAACAAUGGGAGUUUCAAACACUGUUCAGGUGGUGUCAAGGGCUACAUAAAAGGAGACCAGGGGCCACCUACCCACCUGCAUUGUAGUCUUUCCCCAUCCCUGAAUUGCCCUUCUACUGUGGAUUGUAAGACCUCUGGGCAGGAACCAUGUUACCUUAGUGUGCUCAGCACACUAUCAGUACUGAACAAAUGCCAAACCGUGGUGGUCUUGUGGCCUGGUCUAAUGAUCACCCUAUGUAUAGUAGGUCCAGCACAGAAAAGGAGCAGAGCUAAAGAUUUGUUCUUGGCAAGUCUAGGUUAAUGCAUACUGCUAAAGAUUGAUGACAUUUGGAAGCCAAGUGACUUGCUCACACAGGGACAGUCACCUUGAUGACAUACAUGUAGCCAUGUGCAUGCCAGUGCGACCAAGCACCCCAACACAGUGUGUUCCUACUCAUCCACUCAUUAAUAAUAAUAAUAAUAAUAAUAAUAAUUUAUACCCCGCCCAUCUGGCUGGGUUUCCCCAGCCACUCUAGGCGGCUUCCAACAAAAGAUUAAAAAUACAUUAAAACCCCAGUCAUUAAAAAUUUCCCUAAACAGGGCUGCCUUCAGAUGUCUUCUAAAUGUCAGAUAGUUGUUUAUUUCCUUGACAUCUGACGGGAGGGUGUUCCACAGGGCAGACGCCACUACUGAGAAGGCCCUCUGCCUGUAGCCUCUCAGUGAGGGAACCGCCAGAAGGCCCUCCGCGCUGGACCUCAGUGUCCGGGUUGAAUGAUGGGGUGGAGAUGCUCCUUCAGGUAUACUGAUACACCUGAUGCAUCUAUAUAUGCCUCUCUGCUGCUUUUUCUUUCUUCAGUAUGACUAUGCCUCUUUGUGAAAGAAUGCUUCUAGAGCAUAGUACUGAAUUUUUAAUCCUCCUUUUUUUAUUUGACAUAAUCCAUAUGAUAAACCUCUAAGGGAAAUUGCUUGUUUGCACACUGAAUGUUAUUUUUAUGCAUUUUUUUCUAAAUAUAACAAUUUAGAUCAAAUAUUUGAUGAACAAAGGAUAACUGUGUGAUUUAUCAGUGUUUUCAGUUAUAACUGAAGAUUGCCUCCUGUUUUGAUAGACACCUUAGUUUUCAAAUGUGUCUUUUCCUCUUACAGCGGGACUGUCAUAGCUGUUGGUGUUUCCAUAUUCGUACUGUUUGUGGUGACCAUCAUUUUCUGCUUCACCUGUUCAUGUUGCUGCCUGUAUAAAGCAUGCCGAAGACAGCCACGGCGUAAGCAUGGUUUAUUUUUUACCUUCUCUUAGUAAAGAAAGGAAGAAGGCUGUUCUAACAAGAAAUUAUUCAUGACUCAAACUUUUUUUUAAAAAAUAGUGCUGUCUAGUGCCAUGUGUAAUUUUGGGAUGUAGCUGCAGAAAGCAAUUCAUGUUAUUUAGACACAUCUGAGAUCAAGAGCCAGUUUACCUCAGCAGCAUUUUGGACUUGAUGCCAACAAACAGUUAUGGUAGGAAUUGCCUAAAUAUCUGAACAACCAAAUAGCCAUGAUUUUGUAAAGUGAAUCAAAUAUGCAGGCUGAGUUCAGCUAAACUGUAGUAUGUUCAGAACAUAUCCUGCAAGCACAACUGUACUUCCUCUCCCCUCCCCUCCUGUCAAAUCUGCUCUGGGGUUUCCUCAACCCCUGGAGCAGAUUUGGGGUGGUGCAGGGCAGGGAGUGCAAAAGGAGGAUAAGUUCUGAUGUGCUUGCAAAAGUCAUUCCACAUGCCCAGUGACUUAGCGGGAUUCAACCCUGUGUCGUGUCUGUUUGCGUCUCUUAGAAGGACUAAGAAAUUCGUGUGUGAGGGGAGGGUGAGCUUCAUCACUGUUCACCUCAGGAAUGUAGUCAGAAUAGCUUUAGAAUGCAGUUGGUGGCAGUUGAGUUUACAAAAAAAUGAAAAAACGGGGAGCAAAGGGAUUGUUUAGAAAUAUAAUCAUCUUCCUUCAUGUGCUGAUUGCUUCCCUGGCACUCUUCCCAUGUCUUACAGCUGUCGUGACCACAACUACAGCCACAACUGUGGUGCAGGUGCCAUAUCCUCAGCAGCCUGGGAUGCCACCACAAGGUUACCCUGCAGGGAUGUAUCAAGGGUAUAAUCCUCUGCCAGUGCAACCGCAACAGGGGAUGCCAGCAGCACCCUACCCAACACAGUACCCUCCACCUUACCCCACACAGCCUGCAGGACCACCACCCUACCAUGAAACCAUGGCAGGUAAGCAGAGAAUCUGUGGAGAAGAAUGGGGUGCUUUGUCUUGCACCCCCAGCUGCAGGAGCUGGGGUGUCUGUGGAGCAAAUACAAGGUUUCUGAGAGGACAUGAACCAUUAAUAUGCUCAUUCUACUUCUUAGCUUAUUUUUUCUAGUUCUUUGCUAUUUCAUCAAGGUUUCCACCAACCAAGUUCUCAUUCCAUGCUCCCAAGAUUUCUUGACAUGAGGACAACAACGUGCCCCUUGAUGUGCUAUUUAAUAUCUGAGAUUGGUGAUCCUUGGUUGGGGCUUGUAUAUUUACUGUAUUAUGCUAUCAUUGGCUGCAGAGUUAAUUGGAAUCUUAUCCUUUUGUGUGGCGAGGGAGCAGGGGGCAGGCAAUUAUAUUAGAUUCUCUGCUGACUUCUAUAAAAAGUGAUCUUUAUUACUGCAUAACCUUUCCUGGCAUUAUAUUACACCAAAUUUCCUGGUGAUGGUGACCUCUGAGCAAACUUAGGAACCUAACUAAAGCAUGUUUCUGUACCAUUAAACUGCCAAGUUUGUCAGUUUUUGCCUGUUGUACUGGUGGUAUCAAAUAUGCUGGCAUAAUGCCGUACUGGAGCAACUGUGGCCAGUGGCGGAGGAAGGGGAGCGCAGGGGAUGUGGUCCGCCCCGGGUGUCAUCACCAAGGGGUGUGUGUGACAAAAAGGGUCUUUUUAAAAAAUGGGCUCACAAAACUUUUUAGGGGUGACAUGGUGGCUUAGGCGCCUGCAGGUUCCAUGCUGCCUAAAAAGGCAGCAUGGUAGUUGUGUCUGCUUACUGCCUCUCCCUCAGCCUCCCUACAGCUGAGGGGGAGGCGGCAGAGAGGCUCCAAGCAUUGGAGAGGCUCGCCCAGCCACCACGGGUAGAUCGCCCCACCCCACGGGUGGCUCACCCCGCCCCCCAGCUGCAGGACACGCCCCAGCAUCAGGCACCCAAACAGCUAGCUACGCCACUGACUGUGGUAUCCCUCAGUCUGCUAUGCCAGUCUGCUAUGCUGGCAUCUUAGUAAUUCUGCAGCAGCAGGGCCCAAAUGUACAAUCCUGUCCUCACUUUAUAGAUUGGUCAGGAAUCUAAUCACACUGAGCAGUAUACCUGUACAGACACUCAGCUUUGGGUUACCCUUAAAAGCAUGUAAGGACAGAGUCAGUUUUGUCAUAAGAGACCCCUGCUUGAACUUCCAUUCUUUUUAAGAGAUAUGUUCUCCUUUAAAGGAAAAGAACUUUUAAAAGCUACAGUCUGCUUUGAAGAUUUUACUGAUGAGGCUGAAAGUCCUUCUGGAGCUCACAGAUCAGUAGAUUCUCUGAGAGUGCUCAUAAUUAGCCCAGGAAAAAGCAUAGUAUUUAUAAAAUAUAUCUUUAAAAUGUUGUCUUGUUUUACAGCUGGAGCUUCUGCGGUUCAGCCACCUUAUAACCCAGCAUACAUGGAUCCUCCGAAGCAUUAACUUCAAAUGGAUUUACUGCUCUGUAUCUGCGCAGAAGCUUUUUCAAACAGAAUCUAUAUUGUGGCAUACUUUCUAAAAAUACUACUCUGAUGCAGGUGGGGUAGAAACCCUGACAGUGUUUGUUUGCUUUUUAAUGCCUUGAGCACCACAAGAAAAAAAAGAUCUAUCACCUGGAUUUGUUUUCCUAUAUCUCAAUUUAAAUUGUUGAUAGUGUCUUAAAAAGACAACUUCAGAGUAGGAGUCAUGGAUAUGCCAUACAGUAAUUUGAAGUCUAGUGAAAGGGAGUCGUUGAUAAGACGAGUAGCAACAAAUGUCUGCUGCCAUGAUUUUGCCAGUAAUUGUUAAUGCUUAUAAAAUGAGAGGUGUACCUCAACAAAAUCAGUGUAAAACUGGAUAUACUUUUUCCAGUUAACUAUUGCAAAUAAGAUCUAAUGAAAAGAAGUAAGAGAAAUAGUACUGAGUAGAAUGUUUUGGUUUUUUGGCAAGAAAUAGUGUAAGUUGUUAAAGAAAACUUUUCUGUAUUUGGGCAGCAAUUGCAUAGUCAUUUGCUUCAUUAUGCUUUCACAGUUUUAAUUUCAAGCAUGUCAGUUUCAUAGGUAACUUUCCUUUGUCUAAUAUUCCAGUUUCCUCUUUCCUCAAAAAAACAACAACAACAACCAAAAGUACUGUACCACUGCAUGAACAUGGUUGAAUGAGAUCAUUAAUCAUCUUAACAUAUCAGACCUGCAGAACAAUGUUAGGCUUAGUAGGCUUAGUAGAAGAGCUGGAUAUAAAUACAUAAAUAUUGUAUUCUCCUGUUCUGAUUCUAAUGUUCCUGUUGAGAGUGCCGGCCAAACAUGCCUUCCUCCGUGUAUAAGGAAGCUUAGGCAUUCCACCCUGCCUCUCCUUUUCAUUAUUUUUCCUAUCUGGCAGUUCAACAUUCCAUGGGUACUGAGCAUGCUCAUAAGGAAACCCCUACAGCAUCAGACCAAAGACUUGUCUAGCACAGCAUUUUGUUUUCUGUAGCCAACCAAAUGCCUAUGGGAAGCCCACAAGCCGCAGUAGUAUUCUCCCACUCAUGAUAGUACAGGAACUGGUACUCUGAGGUAUACUAACUCUGAUGCUGGAGGUAAUAUAGCCAACAUGGCUAGUUGCCUGUUAUUUUCUCUAUAAAUCUUUCAAAUGCCCCUUCAGAACCAUUUAUUUUCUUUAUUUGAAGGUGCUUAACAGUGCAGUACUCUCCAUACAUACUUGGAAGGAAGUCUCCUGGAGAGCAAUGGCCUUUUUAUUCCCAGGUAGUAUAGGAUUGCACCUUAAAUAGACUAACAGAAAUUUACUUCCAGCUCUUAAUGGGUUUCUGUGCCUGCCUGCAUCUAUCCAUGUACCAAAACCAUCACAAACCACUGUCAGAAUUGCUUUCGCUGUGAAGGAAAAAUGUAAAGAGGAGGCGACCUGUUUUUGGAGCUGCAGUUUCUCAUUGUGGAUUGCUCCUAUGUAGUUAUAAGUUGGGAGUCCCUGCAUUUCUCUGUAUGAGCAACCAAUGCUUUGAGGAGUGCUACUGUGAUCUUGGUGCCUUCUUAAACGUCUUUAUAUAGUUCUUUCUGUCGCAUUUUCCUAUUCAAGAAUUUUCUGGUAACAUAACUAAGGCUGCAUCUAUCCUCCUUUAUAAUUACAUUUCACAAAACUCUUAGCAGCUACCUUGUAAUCCAGAAUAUAUAAUUUAGGAUAUGUCACUUUCUGAAGAAGACUUCUGUUGCUCCCCUUCAUUUCUAGCAUGAGUAUGCACUCUCCCUUAAACUAUAUCUGGAAUGUACAAGGUGAGGCAGGAAAAGUAUACUGAACACACACAAAAUAUUCUAACCAAAUUACUACUGAAGCCAGGGAUGCAGCAAGUGUGAAUAAAAAGGGAGACUGAGCUAUAGAAUAAGAUAUAGCCCUCACAAUAUAUGAUAGAAAAACUUCAAUCACUCUUGCUAGUUCAAUAUGAGGGUUUAGGAGUUCAGAGUACCAAAAUCAUCCCAAACCACUGUCAGAAUUGCUUUCGCAGUGAAGGAGAAAUGUGAAGAGGCAACCUGUUUUUGGAGCUGCAGUUUCUCAUUGCGGAUUGUUCCUAUGUAGUUAUAAGUUGGAGUCCCUGCAUUUCUCUGUGUGAGCAACCAAUGCUUUGAGGAGUGCUACUGUGUGAUCUUGGUGCCUUCUUAAACGUCUUUAUAUAGUUCUUUCUGUUGCAUUUUCCUAUUCAAGAAUUUUCUGGUAAAAUGACUAAGGCUGCAAUCAUGUACCCUUAACCUAGGAGUAAGCCCCAUUGAACUCAGUGGGACUUGCUUUUGAGGGAAUGUGCAUAGGAUUGCAACGUGGAUCAUGUUAUGUAGGCAUAGACCUCUCUCUUCAUGAGAUUGCAUAUGGUCUACAUUCUACUAAUGUAAAAUGAAAAGUUAUAGAAACUAGCAUUGACUACAUUUCCUUACCGUGACUUGUAAUGGGGAAAAGUCCUGUCUUAUGGUGAUUAUUGGGGAUGUUAGGAAGGCUAUAUAGAUAUUGAUUUCCAUGUGCUGUGUUAAGCUCUACUUUUUCUUUCUGGGUGUAUAGUAACAAACUGCUGAAAAGUGUGUCUUUCUCUACCUCCUUCAGGAAAAGCAUCAGAGUUAUCUUAAUUCACCAUUGUGCCAGCAUGGAUUGAAACCCUGUCCACACUUCCACAUAAAGUAUCACAAAGCAUAGCUCUGUCGACUGCCAUCACUUUGCCAUGGUCAUGAGACAGUAUCUUGUGUGUUUUUAACCUUCCUCCCCAGUAUUAGGUAUAGUUUGGUGGGAGUGAGGGUUAGGAAGAAACUGUAUAUGAUCAUUAAAUAUCAACAUCAUGAGUAAUUCCUGUUCCAUUGUGACCUGUGAAAUCUCAGCUCACAUAGUCACAUCAUGACACCAGUGUGUAUCUAUGAACAGAAUUCGAGUGUUUGCUUACAUACAACAAGUAUUUCAUUAUUUGCAAUCCUGCUGUUACAUCAGUCUUGUUUAACUCAAUAGUGCUUAUAUGUGAGUAUCUGAGGGGAGAAUUGUGGCCUGUGAAAUACUGUGUGUGUUAUAUAUGUCAAUUUAAUUAAAAAGUUGUUUACUGAAGCAGAAGGGAAAUUGAAUUUCAGCUUCAUAUUGUAGAUUUGCAGUGUUUACUUUUUUAUUGUGAACUUUGGAAGUGCCUUUCACAGACUUUUCAAACUGCAUUAUUGUAGUCAGUGUACUAUAUAUCAAUAUACAAUGCAAUUCUUUUUGAUAUUCUUUUUUUAAAAAAAUAAUCCUGAUUUGUAUGUUGCUUAUAGUAAACAAGACAAUUCAAAAGGAUUGGCAUGUUUGCAGCUUUUUAUAAUAAAUAUAUUGUCAAAACGUA